GAAGGGUAGCUUUAGAUGAUGCAAACAGAAAUUCCACCGGCCUCCAGAUACUAUCAUGUGUCAUGUUUCGCCAGGCUCCACAAGCUUGUGCUUCAGACUGUCUUGGUCACUUGCAGGUGAGCAGGCUCAAGACGCUACUCCCCAGCAAGGAGAAGAUGACUGACACUGAGUUUGACUACGUUCACAAGCUGGCUGAGGACUAUCUGAAAUAUGUGUUGCAGAUACAGCAACCUGGAUCCAAGCCAAGCAAAACAUCCAGGGUGUUACAAGACGUGGCUUCCUCUGUCCAGGACGAAGUGGAAAGGACUUUGAAGCAGUGCUUGGAUAAGUUUGAUGUGGUGUCUGUAGACACUGCCAGAACAAUAUUCAAGCAAGUGAUGGAAAAGGAAUUUGAAGAUGGCAUUGUUAACUGGGGCAGGAUUGUAACCAUAUUCGCCUUUGAAGGUAUUCUUACCAAGAAACUUCUGAGCAAGUGUAUUGCCUCAGACACGGACAUGUGCAAGGACAUUUCUUAUUUCGUGGCGGAGUUCAUCACCGAAAACACAGGAGAGUGGAUAAGGCAAAAUGGAGGCUGGGAAAAUGGGUUUGUAAAGAAGUUUGAAACCAAAUCUGGCUGGCUGACUUUUCUGGAAGUUACAGGAAAGAUCUGUGAAACAUUAUGUCGUCUGAAGCAAUACUAUUGACUGAAAAGGACAC